AUGUCGUCUCGAGCAGCAGCGGGGCGGAAGCGAUUGCAGCCCCUUCAAGAUCCGCUUCCGACCUCUCAUAAAACGCCAGCUAAGGGACUUUUCUCCCGAGCCAAGCGUACAGUCCCCAGUUCACCGUCUAAGCUUCAGGAAGUUACGGCAUCUCCGACUUCAGCAGGGUCCACCUCUUGGCCAUACCCUCAAAAUGAUCCUUCUGAAAAUACACGUGACUACCCUUUGAGGGAGUUCAGCGCCCCCCACAAAAGAGGAGAUUCACCAGCCCCGCUCGCGUCACCGCGCCAUGACGUGCGGUAUCGGCGACCCGCCACUUCACCGGGAAACGGAUUAUCGGAGAAGGCCAUUUCAUCCCAGUUUCCCUUUCCUCCUUCGAAUGAUUUCGGACUCUUGGAAGCGACAUACCAGCCUCCACCUCCAUCAAAAAACUCUCGCGUGUCAACUGCUCGUGCGCAUUCACGUCCACUUCGAAUUCAACCCGCUGGCCCUGUUCCAAUCUAUUCUGAUAAUUCACCAACCCUCUCAGAAGUUCAUCUCGAAUCUCCGGAAAACUCGGCUAUUUCGCAGUCUCUUUUGCUUCAUGCAUCUCCGCCUCUCACAGAAUUACCAGCCUAUGCCCCUAUUUCUCCGAAUAUGCCGUUAGUGCGACCAACUCUUCAAAUCGACGCGACCAACCUUUACUCAGCGAACAUGCGCUCCGACAAUGGCUCCCCCGCAACUAGGUGGGGCUCAGAUCCCUCCUUACUAUUUCCUUCUCCUCCAAGUUCAAACCCUUGUUACUCGCCGUCCCGUUCUCGACUUGAGUCACCUUCCUUGCCUUCGCUUGUCACACCACAGGAUGACGGAAACUCUUAUCCACCGCUUUCAAAUUCUAGUGGCGCACCCUCACUUCACACGUUCGGCCAAUCUAGGCGUGCUAAUGCCUCAGACUCGGCCAUAUCUACGCGUUCUGGGGAUUUUUCGAAGUCGCCGAUCGUGGAAUCUCCCAAGGCAUCUAAGACAUCCUCUCCGACCUUCAUUUUUCCUGUUUCCCGCUCCCUUGCCCGUCCGAAAUCCACACCCAAGUUAAACGGGCAAAAAGUCAAUAUUAGGCAUUUACGGAGGGACUCUUUUGGACAGACUUUGUCUCCGAUUAGUCCUACGUCGUCUCAAUCACCCACCAAUAAUUAUCCUCCAAGAACCCAAAGGGUUUCCAUGAGCUCGUCGUCGUCUCAAUCCAUCAAUUCUUCUCGCACGGGUUCUUCGGACUCUUUUUCUCAAAGUGACAACGUUCGAGGACAACUUUCGUCCGCAAUAGUUCCUGAAUCUCCAGCUCCAUUUUUCUAUCCAAGUGCUCGCACGCGAGCCCAUCCAGGCGUGCGCCCUGCUGCCAAGUUCAAGUUCAAGACUCAAACGAAGAAACAAUUUGAUGAAGCUGAUCAUCGUUCGCGGUUCAUGGGUAUACCCUUCAAGAAGAAGUCUAAGCCCGUGACACCCACUUCCCCUCUUGCAUUCGAACCCUUAUCCGUGUCCGCGUAUUCUCCUUCUGAAGGUCCAACCAUUACAGAAGAUAUGUCAGCACUAGGAACUCGAUCUCAAGACUCCCGACAGGAGGAAUACAUCGUAGUUCAAAAUCACGCUUCAGACCUUGAACAAAAAGCGGAAAGGGAUCGAAGGAUCAAAUCUAGGAUUGGAAAUUACCCCUUGGACCCGUAUGAUUCAGUUCUUUUGGACAAUGAUCGCCAGACAGGGGAGCUUCUGUAUCGCCUCAACCCGACCGGCUCUCCGAGCUUCCAUAACUAUGGAAACACUCCUCCUCUUGCCGUUCUCGAUUUGGGCUGUGGACAAGGACACUGGGUUGUGGAUGCCGCUAUUGCUUGGAAGGGUUAUGGAACCAAGGUCACGGGUUACGAUAUGGUCGACAUUUCCAAAGGGCUUCUUCCAUGGGCGGUUAAACACGGCGUCAAGAAUAACAUCAAAUUUGUUCGAGGCAACUUGUACAUAUUCCUCGCUGUCUUGUUCUAUCGCUAUCGUUCUCAUAUAUAUUUUUCUCGUAGCUUGAAGCAGCGACUCCCGUUUAGCGACAACACUUUCGACCUGGUGCGAAUGUCUUGCCUGACCCUGUGCAUUACCUCGGACGCCUGGGUGUUCGUGUUUCAGGAAGUGUGUCGCGUCUUGAGUCCGGGCGGCCGUUUGGAGUUGAUCGACGAUAGUAUCUUCUUUCCAUAUGGCAAGGCAUCUCCAUCGCCCGACAAUAUACUCCCCAUUCCGCCAACUCGUCGUCUGGACGCCGACGCCCCCCAGUUGAGUGUCAGCAUCCCGUCGUCGGUAUUUUCGACAUUCAGCAUCUAUGACUCCAAUAGCUCCAAUCCCGGUCUUGGCUUCGCAGAAGGAGAGGUGGAUGAUGACGAUGCUUAUUACGGCCUCGACCAGGUAGACGAAGAAUCUGAUACUGACGAUGCUGCCACUCUCAAUGGUCGCGAUGAGAUGCCAGCAGCUGACAGAGAUUCUCCAAGUCCUCGAGCGACACCCGUGCCACGCAGGCAAGCAAGGACAGCACAGCUAGGUCGGAAUAGGGAUUCUUGGGCCCAUCAUGCUGCCAUCACACUUGAUUUGGAAUCUCUAUUUGAACAUAUGCUCACGCAUAAGUUCGGUAUCAGCAUCUAUCCCGAAGAAUUCGUACUGGACUUGAUGAAGGAGGUCUUUGGAUACGCUGAACAAAUAAGCACAAUGCACCUCACUCUUGCUUCACCGGACUCAGCUGCAGACGACGUUGGGGUUCGAGGACGAAGCGGUGAGGCUCAUCGCAGCACGUCCAAGUUGGAGGUGCUCUCUCAGUCUCCUGGAUUGAUGUUGUGGCCAUCGACUUUCAUCCCCAUGCAACAAUCGGAGCUUGAGAUUCAUGCUAGCAAGCACCUGCGCAUGUUGCUAUCUUGCAAGAAUCUUUUAGUCGAACAUGCUAUAGAGGCCACUGACGACGAGGAGAUUGACGAGGAGUCUGUACUGGAGGCGCUUUAUGAAUACGAGGGCUUCCUCCGUCAACGGUUCAACCCCCCUCCGCUUGAGUUUGGGGUGGGCGGACGCGACGAAUCUCCAGCAUCUGAUUCCGCCAGCCAACGCGGUUCCGUCUUCUCCGUAUCAUCUGAGUACCAAGAUGCCAUGUGGGAGUACCAAUCAGAGCUUCGACAGCGAUUCGCUUGGCCAGGCGACCUCCGCCCCGACUCUCCCCGUAUGGCGAGGUUACAGGGUACACCAACAUUCCAUACCUCCAUCCCCUCGAGUUCUAGUGGCACCUUGCCUCUUAUGAAUCCAGGGACGAACAUCAAUUCCUCUCAUCCUGACAAUUCGAGGACUCCAACCCCACGUCACUCGAGUAAUGGGUCUCCUCCAUACUCUCGUGAGGAGAUGACACAUGUCCGCACGUUCCACGUCUACGAGGCUAUCAAACUCGACGAAUCGGUUCUCGGUACCGCAAUUUGA